AUGCGGACCACAACGCUCGCUCUCGUGGGACUCGCCACGUCCAUCUCCGCUUUCCCAUUUCCUUGGACAAGUCUUCGCAGAACAAGCGAUUCGGGCUUCAUCGCCGCCGAUGAGCUCAAUAUCCUCGCUCCCGUGCGGGUGGGAAUUUACAUUUGCCAGAACGCAGACUGGGUGGGACCUUGUGAGCAUCUGUUGAACGGACCGGGAAUGUGCAUCAACCUCAGCGACCAGCUUGCCGGAGAAGUGAGCUCCGUAGGACCGGAUCCGGAAGCUUCGGGAUGCACCUUGUUCGAGGAGGAGAAUUGCAAAGGCGACCAGAUUGUGGGACUGAAGACGCCGGGAGAGUCGAAUCUGGGUCUGAGCCCGCAAGCCGGGAGGUUCAACGACGUGUUUCGGAGUUAUAUCUGCUAUUAG